GGGGUAGGGACAAACGGAGGAGGGAGUUGAAAAAAAAGCUCAUUCCAAAAAAGUAUUGGAUGUCUUGAGGAAUGCAGUCAGCCCCCUGGGAAAGUACAUAUCUGUGAGUUGCUCCCUGCCCGCCGCUUGCACUCCGCCGGCGCCCCGUCCCGCCCGGAUCACCCCGCAGCUCCGCGCCGCUCCCCGGGGCCGCGGCUGCCUCUCGGACUCGGGGCUGCCCCGCAGCUUUUCAGGUUUUGCUUCGGGGUGUAAUUCGCGCGGGGACGCGCCCUAGCCCACCGCCGCCAUGGAUGCCAUCAAGAAGAAGAUGCAGAUGCUGAAGCUGGACAAGGAGAACGCCUUGGACAGAGCCGAGCAAGCCGAAGCGGACAAGAAGGCAGCGGAGGAGAGAAGCAAGCAGUUAGAGGAUGACAUUGUGCAAUUGGAAAAGCAAUUGCAUGUGACGGAGGAUGCAAGGGACCAAGUGCUGGAAGAGCUACACAAGUCUGAGGAUAGCCUCCUCUCCGCAGAGGAGAACGCUGCCAAGGCUGAGAGCGAAGUAGCUUCUCUGAACAGACGCAUCCAGCUGGUUGAGGAAGAGUUGGAUCGGGCUCAGGAGCGUUUGGCUACUGCCCUGCAGAAGCUGGAAGAGGCUGAGAAGGCUGCAGAUGAGAGUGAAAGAGGAAUGAAGGUCAUUGAAAAUAGAGCCCAGAAGGAUGAAGAGAAGAUGGAAAUCCAAGAGAUCCAGCUUAAAGAGGCUAAGCACAUUGCUGAAGAGGCUGACCGCAAGUAUGAAGAGGUGGCUCGUAAGCUUGUGAUCAUUGAGAGUGACCUCGAGCGGGCUGAGGAACGUGCUGAACUAUCAGAAAGCAAAUGUGCUGAGCUUGAAGAGGAGUUGAAAACUGUGACCAACAACCUGAAGUCGCUGGAGGCUCAGGCUGAGAAGUACUCACAGAAGGAAGACAAAUAUGAAGAGGAGAUUAAAGUCCUGACUGACAAGCUGAAGGAGGCUGAAACCCGUGCUGAAUUUGCUGAGAGGUCAGUAACCAAGCUGGAGAAGAGCAUUGAUGACCUAGAAGAUGAGCUAUAUGCUCAGAAACUGAAGUACAAAGCCAUCAGUGAGGAGCUGGACCACGCUCUCAACGAUAUGACUUCCAUGUAAAUGUCUUCCCAGCUUGCGCCUGCACCUGCUUCCCUGCCCUCAUUGAUUGCGCGGUUCCGGCCUUGUGAAAUUAUACUCCCUUUGUAGCGGGAGACGCAUUCCUUUAGCGAGACUAGGUGUACAAAAUACCAUGAACAAUAUCUUUACCGUGGCAGAGUGUGGGUGAGUGUUGUGCCUAGCCGGGUAAAUACUCAUGGUGAUUUUGUAAGCUGCCUAAUAAGCUGGUGUUUACUCUUCCGUUCUGUAUCUGCAGUCCUUGUGCCUGGUGGCUGCCCUUUCUUUGUAGCUCUGCAUUGAUCCUUUCAGUUCACCUCUGUUCAGGCAUUGGCUACCAGGCCCAUCAUGUUCAGUUUACCAAAGAAAAUUGUCUCAGUACGUGCUGCAUUCAGAAUGUAUUCUUCAACUGUCACAGUUUGCCUCUGGCAAAGUUCCUAUGAAAGUUUCAAAGAAAUUGAGAUGUUUUCUCUGUUAAUGACAGUGGAAAGUGUUUAUCUAAGUCUCCUUAACUGCUCUGAAAAUUUCAGCUGUUAUCACUAAUUUACAGGUGUGGAAAUUGACUUAAAAUACUUUGCCAUUUAAACCCGUAAAAGGGCAACUGAAUUGCAGGUUCCUUCUGCACAUUUUGUGGGGAGUAAUAGUAAUUUAAUUUGCAUACACCAAAAAUGUGGUAAUAAGCAGGAGAGUGAUCAGUUGUAAGGUGUGACUAGUCCGUGCAGUGUUUGAUACAAACUGAUUAUUCUGCCGUCAACCUAAAACUCUGAACAGAGGUCAGCUAUGCUAAAUCCACCUUCCCAUGCUCAUACCUUUCACUUGCAUGAACCCUGUACCCAUGACAUGGGAAAGAGGAAGGGCUGUGGCUCUCAAGUGCUUGUGAGGUGCCGUGUUUCAUCCCAGCAUUUCCUUUUGGAAGCUAGCGUGCUUUCAGCAAGGCGUAAGCUUUGCUCAGAGCUUGAAACAUGCAUGCACCCGUAUUUUAAAUGUUUCUUUUCCUUUGCUUUUUUUUCAUCCCUAUAUAUGAUAAUUAAUUCCAUCCCUCUCCCAACUUUUUAGGAGGAGUCUAAUGCUUUGAUAUUAAUUUUUAUUUUUUUUUUUACGUUCCCCUCCACACCCCCAAUAUAUCCUUUUGCUCAGUGGCUUAUCAAGCAAAUAGAUUUCUCUUUUACCUUCUCUGUGUACAGAGAUUGCAGUGUUUCUUCAGUUUGGGAUAUUCCUAAAUAAUAACCAGACUUUAAAAUGCACUGUACUCGUACAUGAGGACAUUACUGUAGCAUUCCAGUCUCAGCAUGAUGUGGUGUUUCUCCAGUAGUCAUCUUGGCAUGCUGGGCUCUGCUGUGCUCCUGCUGCUUUUUUGGAAGUCUUUACUGCACCUUUUUUAUUUCCUAUCUU